GCGCCAGUCCAGCCUCUAUAAAAUCUCUCUCAAAACAAAGCUUAGGGACUUUUCGAAGUAAACAAUAUAGAUUUGGUGCUGCUGCAAAUCGGAAUUUCAAAACCUAGAUCUCCAAACCCAUGUUUAGGUUGUAAUCCUCCUCUCAUCGGAGAAUCUGCCAUUCCAUGUCGCACAAGACUCUAGACCCACGUUACUCAGUGGACGCUUGCACGUUCCAGCUCCAUUCAUGGAGGCCUUUCAACCUCCAACAAACCCUAGACUCCUCUGAUCCCCAAUAUACCACAACGAAACUUUCCUCCACCAAUGGCUUCCAUCCCAAGCGUCCUUGCCUCUCCGAUCGUACCACUUCUUUCUCCAUUGACCUCUCCAAGCUAACCCUCCUCGACGACGAUAACAACAAACCAGUCUUCUCCAAUCCCAAGAGAAGUAGCUUCAAGAUAUUCGAAAAAAAACGGCGCCGUCGUGGGUCGAGGUCGGUGUCGGGUCGGAGCUCCGAUCGGAGCGGGUCUCAUAGGUGCUGUUCUGUGGGGGCUUCGGCUGCUUAUGGUACGUGCUCGGAUUUUCCGGUGGCUGUGGGGACGGACUCGAGUGGGGAAUUGUUUGGCAAUGGUGGGGAUCCGUAUUGGGCCUCGGAUGUGAGCGAGGCCCGGAAUAUCAGGAGGGAGAGAGGGGAUGGUGUGAGUGGGGAGAAGGAGAGUUUAGUCGUGCAAUUUGGGGGUUUUGAUGCUCAAGGGAAUGAAUAUGGGUAUGGGAGUGAGCCUGGGUAUCGCGGGGAUGGAGAGUUUGGGUAUGGAGAUGAGGUCGACGAAGAAGAAGAAGAAGACAAUCGCUUGUGGCUUUGGGGAGAUCACUUUGAAGGUACACAUUCAAAAAUGGAGAUUAGUGGGGAAAAUUCGUUCUCUGAUCAGAAAGCCCAUUAUAGAUGCCGUCGCAAAAAACAUGAUUACAGGAUGGCUGAUUCCCUGAGGUAAUACAACAUGCUCCCCUAUGCCAUGGCUUGGAUAGAGUUGAUACAUGUUACAAAGAUUUGUUGGGUUCUCCUCCUGGAUUGAUCAUUUACAAGUUGCAACGUACAACCUUGUGCAGUCAAAAAGAUUUGUUUUACCCCAAUUUGAUGAGUGGUGCACAUUCUGAAGGGUCUCAUCAGAGAUGCUUUCAUGCAAUAUUCUAUAGUUAAAAGCGUGUGUAAAAGAUUUUGGAUGUGCAAAAUUAUUGUAAGAAAGCAAUUUGA